CGUCGACGUCAAAACAUGCGCGACAAAAGUUAAUUUAAAACUUUAUCAUGUGGACAGACGUUAGUAGUCGCGAGCGACAUAAGUAUCUCACGCAAACGAAUGGAUCUUUUAUACCGGGAUACACCGGACACUGUCCUAUGCUGAAGUUUCGCUACGGCAAAUGCUACGGAGACAACACACGGCAGAUACUCAGAGAGAUCAAAUCGAAUGGCCUGUUCAACAAACCACUAGAAUACCGCCGCGGUGACAACUACGAGCUAGACCGCAUGCCGCGCGUUGACGCGCCGCAACGCGACGCGUACGACGGCAUCGGACGAACACCUGCCUAUAUGACUGGCUACACCGGCUACGUUCCCGGGAUGAACUUCAGAUACGGCAAAUCCUACGGACGAGCAGCGGACGACUGCAUAGCAGAUUUCGAAGAGAACCAGCGCGUGCUCCGACGGCGAGCCGAUCUGAACCGAACGCACGCGCGAUCACGAAGCGCGCCGAAGAUGGAGACUGUCCAUUCGAGAGACGAGAUCCGGAGGGAUUUGAACCGAUUUAGAGAGAUUAAUAAGUACAAAGAAAACACGAUAUCCCCCGAAUUCCCCCCAAUCGCGGGCUACACCGGCCACAUACCCCGCAUCAAAGGCUCCGAGGCAUCUCUCAGCCAGCGCUACCACUGCGCCGCGAAGCGAGGCCUAGAACUCAUCCGCCUCGAACGAGACAAGAGGAAGGAGCUUCAUAAUGCGGACAGCAAUAUCAAAGCAAUCUUGAAAGACAAGGAUAAGAAGCACUCGUACUGGAACUGGGGAUAGCAUACGGGGAGGAAGAUGUUCUUUGGCAAGUGCCGGUAGACAUUCUUCCUAAUGUUGAUUUUUGAAAUUUUUAGAGAUCGUUUGACAAAUUGAACUUUAAUGCGAGAUAUGUUAACUAUGGAAAUAGACGGAAACAGCAUGAACACAAUAACUAGGUAGUUAAAACAAUGCUACUCAAUCCAAUAAAUAAAUAUGAAUAUGAAUCCAGAAAUUAUGUUUUUUGACAAAUAUUUUACUGGAUACCGACAAAAUGAUUUCAAAACUCUUAUGUUAUUUAAACACAUGUAAGUGAAAUCGAUGGGAAAAGGAAAACAUAACAAUGUAGUACAUACGACACGUGAGUCAAUGACAUAGAAAUAACUUAUACCAAAAUUAUCUGUCAUUUUCGUUGCAAAAUAUUAAGAUAUCGCUAUUAGAGCGCGUCUAGCCAAUAUUGGAGAAGACCUUUAAAAAAUCUAGAAAAUACAUACCUACCUAAUCUAAUGAAAUAGUUGAGACAAAAAUACUGAUGCGAAAUUAAUAUAUAUACGAAACUAACUUGCUACAUACAUACCUAAUGUCACAGAAAAUCAACUCGGAGUAGACAACAAAAAUCACAAAAAUUAAAAUUUUGAAAAAACCCCCGACCGCGACAUAGUGGACCGAUUUUCAUGAAACA